AGCUCCAGGAGAAAAAGAAGAGAAACCGGAAAUUACGGCAGCUCCUUUUCCGACGAAGCAAGAUAAACAAACGACAUUAAAUGACAUUAUGUAAUAUUCAGAACUGGAACUGACAAUUUUUCAAUCACAGCCCACGUAGAUAUAGUUAACGGCAGCAGACGGACGAGGCGGACAGCCGGAAGCGCAGAAGAAGAGGAGCUAGCAGCAUCUUGGCGUUGCUAAGCUAAGCUACUCGUCAUGUUUAUUUUAAUGCGAGGGAGCGCGACAUGAUUAUGGCAUGAAGGCUUUGAUGUGUGUGCAGAAAGACCCGCUUUUCAUCUAAAGGUUGUAGGAAACAGGUGAAACCUUCGCUUGCCGAAAAGAAGCCCCCCCUCAGCGCAGCGUCAGCAUGGCGUGGGCUCUGAAGCUGCCGCUCACGGAUGAGGUGAUCGAGUCCGGACUGGUCCAGGACUUUGAUGCUAGUCUCUCCGGGAUUGGGCAGGAGCUUGGUGCCGGGGCGUACAGUAUGAGCGACGUGCUCGCCCUCCCCAUCUUCAAACAAGAGGAGUCCAACUUACCCCCAGAGACGGAAAACAAGAUCCUUCCCUUUCAGUAUGUUUUGUGUGCACCUACCUCGCCAGCCAUUAAACUGCAUGACGAAACCCUCACCUACCUCAACCAAGGGCAGUCGUAUGAAAUCAGAAUGCUCGAUAAUCGGAAAAUUGGAGAACUUCCAGAAAUCACUGGGAAAAUGGUGAAGAGCAUUCUUCGCGUGGUGUUCCAUGACCGGCGGCUCCAGUAUACGGAGCACCAGCAGCUGGAAGGCUGGCGCUGGAACAGACCCGGCGAUCGGAUUCUUGACUUGGAUAUCCCCAUGUCGGUGGGCAUAAUCGACCCCAGGGCUAACCCCACGCAGCUUAACACCGUGGAGUUCCUUUGGGACCCCUCAAAGAGAACGUCGGUCUUUAUACAGGUUCACUGCAUAAGCACCGAGUUCACCAUGCGCAAGCACGGAGGAGAGAAAGGCGUCCCUUUCCGCAUCCAGAUCGACACUUUCAAAGAGAAUGAGAAUGGAGAGUACACAGAGCAUCUCCACUCGGCAUCCUGCCAGGUCAAAGUCUUCAAGCCCAAAGGUGCAGACAGAAAGCAGAAGACAGACCGAGAGAAGAUGGAAAAGAGGGCGCCACAGGAGAAGGAGAAAUAUCAGCCCUCGUAUGAAACUACAAUUCUGACAGAGUGCUCCCCCUGGCCCGAGGUUACAUAUGUCAACAACUCUCCGUCUCCUGGCUUCAACAGCUCACACAACAGCAGCUUUCCCGUCGCAGAAGGAAAUGGAUCACCAAACCACCAGCCUGAGCCUGUCGUUCAGGUCGCAGAUAUGAGCAAAGCUGUCCAUCACCAACCUGAACGUUUGAGCUGGGAAAUGUCAUUGACUGAAAAAUAUCUGAAUCUGUUACCUACAGCGACGCCACAGGACGCGCAGCAGUGGCUUCAUAGAAACCGCUUCUCGCCUUUCUGUCGGCUCUUCACCAACUUCUCAGGGGCGGACCUGCUGAAGCUAACCAGAGAGGACGUCAUUCAGAUUUGUGGCCCAGCGGACGGCAUAAGACUCUUCAACGCGCUAAAGGGACGGGUGGUUCGUCCGAGGCUGACCAUCUACGUUUGCCAGGAGUCCCAGCAGGUCCGGGAGCACCAACCGAAACAUGAAAACGGAGACGCUGCCGCCAGCACUUUCUUUGUAUAUCACGCCAUUUACCUGGAGGAACUCACAGCCACCGAGCUCACAGAGAAGCUUGCCCAGCUCUUCAGCAUCUCACCCAGACAGAUAAAUCAGAUCUUUAAGCAGGGCCCCACUGGCAUCCACGUGCUGGUCAGCGAUGAGAUGAUCCAGAACUUCCAGGACGAAGUAUGUUUUGUUUUGGACACGAUGAAAGACGACACAAGCGAUGGCUACCACAUCAUCUUAAAGUGAUUCCUCAGCCGAAGAAUCUUCUCCUUGUUUAAUCAUGUAGACCUGCUGCAGUCUGCCACACUAGACAUUCAUAUUCCUCGCUGUUUUAGGAUUAUAUGAAGUCAUCCUGACUAAUCCCCUGUGGCAGCUAGGAGGUCGGUGCGAGUCGAGCACCUUGGCCCUCUCCCCCCUCCGUACCUUAAUGUCCUCUCUUGAGGAAGGGACUCCUCUGACAGUGGCUCUCCUUGCCAAUCAUCUCACAUUCGCUCUUCCUCUGUCGGUUAUGUUUCCGGUAAAGGUUUUCGUGGCACCAAAACUGCAGCUGCCAGCUGCGCGUCUGAUGUGACAAAGCUUAAAGCUUUAAAAGCGGCUGUUUGUUGUCUGGUGUUGUCUUAGAAGAGUUUCGCCUGCCUUACGUGAUCAGGCCAGACUGCAGGAAACCCAUCAUACGUUAAAAAAAAAAAUACGACCAGGACAUUAAGGGACACGGCUGGAACUUUGCAGUCUUUGAAAUCACUCGAUUGCUCAUUCGCUGUUACUUUAAAGAGAAAAAAAAAAAAGUAACAC